UCAAAUUUGGCCGACGGGCCUCGAAAGUCCGAACCCUCAUAUUCCACUCCUAUUUCCUUUUCUACCUAGCCGUCUUCCUCACCCAAACGGCCGGCGGAUUUUCGACGGCGAUCGCGAGCUUCCGGCGAGGGGCAACCUAAAUACUAAUAGCGUCUCACUCUUCUCUUCGAAAGCUCUCCCCUUGGUUGCUCUUCAAGAGAAAGAAAACUGGUAUAGUGUCCUGUCCUGCUUCCCUUUACCUCGGCGAUGGUUUUAUCUCGCAAAAAGCUUAAGAAGAAGUUUCGAUCGCUUCUUGCCGAAUCCCUCACAGCCAAUGAAUCGAAGGAUUCGUGCAAGGAUGCUUCGGGCGCAACAGAAGUUAAUAAUGAGUUGCAGAGCGUUCGAAAGCUCCUGGUCACCAAAUCUCGAAAGCCAAAGCUUAUGAAGCGAGAAAAGAGAAGAAAAAAGAAGCCUGUUCCAGAGGAUUUGAAUAAUGGAGACGGAAGCUUGGAGGCCCGUGAAGGGAACGUGGAAAAUGAGGAUUCCGUGGAUUUGAAGGAGAAAAUUAAAGAUAAAAAGAGAAAGAGAGUGGAAGAUGGAGGCCAGGAAUUGGAGGAGGGUUUUAAGCAGGAGGAGCAGAAGUUGGUGAAAAAGAAGAAGGAUAAGCAAAAGAAGAAGAAACGGAGAGAAAAGAAGCUUGAAAAGAAGGGGAAGAAGGGGGUGUUAGGGCAAGGGGAGGAAAAUAAUGGUGACGAGAUUGUGAGCACGAAUGCAGUGAACAAAAUACCAGAAGCACUUCCAGUUCAAAAAGUCGAUGAGAGUGAAGUAAAGAAAGUAUACGUGGGAGGCAUUCCAUACUACUCUAGUGUGGAUGAUAUAAGAAGUUUUUUUGAGGACUGUGGAACUGUAACUGAGGUGGACUGCAUGACUUUCCCUGAAACUGGAAAGUUUAGGGGGAUUGCUAUACUCUCUUUCAAGGUUUGUUUGAGCCUUGUUAUCGUGUAUUGGUUGCCAAGAUUGAAGCUUGAUUGGUUUCUCACUUUAGAUACAUCAUUCACUUAAUAUUUGUGUUCUAACACCCGAAAUGUGAAAGAUUUGUCAGUGAUGCUAGUUUACUAGUGAAAAUAGAAGCCCCUGGUAAAAACACUCGUUUAUUUGAGCCUGCAUUAAUUUUCAGGCUCUCAUUGUGCAUUUUGUUUUCGAUUCAUAAAUCUCUUGACUACGUGCCAUUGUAUGAUUGCCUUAUUAAAUGAUUUACUAUUUCAACUUGAAUUUUAGUUGCUGUUUCUUUUUGGUUCAUCCUCUGAAUUUCUUGAUAUGUUCGGCAGGAUUCUUUGAUCUGAAUAUUCAGUUAUAUGUUGAAUUUGUUGUGUAUGUCUGUCAUUUUGUUUUCUUGGCACUAGUUUGCUUGAUGAAUUGAACCAUUCGUUUUGCAUGAUCAAGUUUUGAAAUUAUUUUAUUUUUCUUCCCGUGAAGUUAUAACCUUGACCAAUGACCUCGAACAUACUUGCAAGUGAGGCACCAUAGUAAUCCGAUCAUGUUCAAAAGGAAGGAUUGACUAAGUCUGAAGUGAUAUUAGAUUUGUUACUAGAGUUGUAGGGAUUUUAAUGGGAAGAUAAAACAAUUUGUAGUAUAAUGAUGAGUAUUAUUAUUUUCAAAGAACUAAAUAGAAAUAGGAAAAAUCCAAGGACAUUGGAGAAGGUGAAAAAUUGUUGCUUGCUGGAAAGCUUAAUAAUGAGUUUAAGAUAGUAGUGGAUAGAGAGUUGAAAGAUAAAAUUUGUGACGUGAAUAGAGUAAUUGUUCUUAGGCACUUAUCUUUGAGAAUAUAAUAAACGUGGUUAGUGCUUAUGUUCCUCACAUUGGAUUAAAAGAUAGUUUAAAAAUUCAUUGUGGGAGGAGAUGGAUGAACAAUUGGAAUAUAAGAAAUGAGAAAGAAAGAAUAUUUAUUAGGAAUGAUCUAAUGGACAUAUGGCUUCAGGUUUUAUGGGCUAUGAAAUAGAAGGUAAAAAUGUAAUGGAAAAUUUUUAUAGAUAUAUUUUAUGGAAAUACUAAAGAAUACUCAAAGUGAGUUUCCUCAAUAAAUGCUUUUUAUAGAUAUAUUUUAAUUAGGGAAACAUAUGUUGAAAUCAUUGAAAAUUUUGAAUAAUUGAGAAUAUGUAUAAAUGAUUGUUAGAUUUAAUUUAGUAGAACAAAGAUGAAGUAUAUGAUGUUUAAUUAUUAUUGGGCGUGAUAUAAAUUUUUAUUAGUCAAUUCUAUUAUAUAAAAUAUAAGGUGAUACCUAGGUGUGCUAGAUUUAUAUAUGUUAAAUUAUUUAAAAAAAAGAGUUGAGAUAUAAAUAAAGACAUAACCUUAGAGGUAGGAGUUGGUGGUUAAAUUAGAGAAGUUUCUAAGGAGUGUUAUAUAUAAAAUGAUAUUAUGGAGACUAAAAGAUAAAUUAUAUAAAAUUACAAUUGCACCGAUUAUUUUAAUGGAUCCAACUGUUGGAUGGUAAAAAAAGCUAUUUAUAGUUGAGUUGAAUAUGAUGGAAAUGAGAAUAUGAAAAUGAAUGGGUUACAAAAGUUAAAAUGAUAAAAUAAGGAAUGAUCAUAUUAGAAGAACAAUUGAAGUGUCAUAUAUCAAAGAUUAGAUAGUUAAAAAUAGUUUAAUUUGUUUAGCAUGUGUAUAACAAUGGGUAGAUAAUGCACCUGUUAGAUUGAUAGAUAAAAUUAUUGUCAAACGAUCAUAUAGUAAAAUGAUCAAAUCAUAGGUAACAUGAAUAUAAUGUUCAAAUGAUUUGAUAAAAUAGUUUGAACAUUUUGAGCAGCACUCAUCAAGAAUGAGUGGAAGAUGUAGAUUCAUGAGGUCAACAACUCGACCCCAAAUAGUUAGGAUACAGCUAAUGAUGAUGAUGAUCUUGGAUAUUCUUUAGAAUUGCUUUUUUUAUUAUCAAAAUAUGUUGAAACUAGGAAUUUGAGAAGAAAAGUCUUGCUUUAUUGCAUAAAUUCUUCCCUAUAUAUAGAUCUAUACAAGAUAUUUAACAAGGAAACAUAUAACUACAUAAUAAUGAAAUAUAACUCUUCCUAAAUUAGCUGCCCAUCUAUGGAAGGUGUUUCAACGUGAUUCAUGAGAGCUUUCCAUGGAUUGCUCUCUGUGACCAUCAGAUCCUUUGCACCAUGAACGGUUGGAUUCUAACACUCCCCCUCAAGCUGGUAAUACAUAUAUGUCAUUCCCAGCUUGAUAAUUAAUCACACAAAGUAAAGUUAUCAUGUUCCUUGGUGCACCAUAUAGCCCUCUAUUAGCUUCAUAUAUUGUGACAACGGCAAAUGAUAGGAUGAAGGCUAUAUCAAGCAGGGCAGCAUUGAAUGCUGCAUUUAUUAUAGAUAAGAUAACAACCACUAGAGAAAACCGGCAAUGAAGGCAGUGAUGGGAACAUAUCCUGAAAAUUCCGACAAUGAAGGCCGAUGGUGGGAAUUUUGUAUUCCUCAGGUUUCCAGCAAUGAAGGAUGUAUUGUGUUAUAGUAGCAAUAAAGGCUUAUUUGAUCAGCAAUAAAGGCUGAUUUGAUUAUAUCAGCAAUAAAGGCUGAUUUGCUUGUAUCAACAAUAAAUGCUGAUUUGAUCAGCAAUAAAGGCUGAUUUGCUUGUAUCAGCAAUAAAGGCUGAUUUGAUUAUAUCAGCAAUAAAGGCUGAUAAUGGGAACUUUGUACAGUUAUUCCAGGUGGUUCAGUCCAGCUCUCUCCUUAGCACUUCCAAUCGUCUUCCCCAAUUUCUGGUCCUGUGAUUGCAAGUGAAGAUGAUGCAUUUAGAUUUUCAAGAGAUAUCAGGAGUCGUCUCAGUUUAUCAAUAUCUUCUUUAUUGAAUUCUCCAAGACUGGACUGUGCUUCUGGGUUGGGCUGACUUGUUUCAGUUCUUUGAUUCCACUCCUUACUGGGUGGUUUUCCAUGUAUCUUCCUGCAAUUUUCCUUUGUGUGUAUUGAUUUCUUGCAAUAACUGCACCAAAGUGAGUCUUUGUUUUUGAAUUUUGAGAAAUCUUUACAUUUCUCCUUCCAUGAUUCUUUGCUCGUCACUAUUGCUGAACUUUCAAUGACCUUUGGUUCUAACAUCACUCAUCGUCGGCUUUCUUCCGCGCGGAUGAGAGAAAUGGUUUCAUUGAGUAUGGCGUCUCCUCUUUGCCAAGGAUCUGGACUCUAACUUGGUCAAACUCUGCAUUUAGUCCUGCAAGAAAAUCAUAAACUCUAUCUUUUUCAAUAAAGUUCUUUAGGAUCGCAGCAUCUUCCGGACAUAUGGUUUCUAUGCAUCUAUAGUGAUCAAGUUCUUGCCACAUAUUUUGUAGAAGGGUGGCAUACUCCGUUAUGGUCUUACUCUCCUGCUUUGUGCUUCCAACUUUGACUUUAAUUUCAAAGAUUUGAGCCGCAUCACGAGCUUUGUAGAAGGUCUGUCUGGUAGCAUCCCAUAUGUCCUUUGCAGUAGAAAGGAACAUAAAUGUGUCGCUAAUUUUUAGAGUCAUGGAAUUCUACAACCAUGACAUAAUCAUGGAGUCUGCUUCAUCCCAUGCCCCAAAUUUAGGAUCUCCUUCUUUUGGUCCCCCUCCAAGGAGGUGAUGUAUUUUCCCUUUCCCCUUCAAGUAGGUCUUUACAAAUUGAGACCACUUUAGGUAGUUCUUCCCAUUUAGACGAUAGGAAAGUUGCAUGCUUUGAAGGUCACCUCGUCCUUGAUGCACUAUCGACUCCUCAGUUUGGUCAAUGUUCUGGGAGGAAUUGACUUCUGACAUGAUGAUAGUAAUAUAGACUAUCUUUACGAUCUUGGAUAGCAAUGAAGGCUUCCUGAAAAAAAAAUCCUUAUGAUUUUUAUUUAUCAGCAAUAAAGGCAAAUGUACAAUUUUUAUUGCCUCCCUUUUUUUUUUUCUUUUCUGACUCCCUUCUUGGUUUAAAUAACCGGUUACAAGACUUGGAUCGAGUGGCUAGGGCACGCGCAGAGUCGGUUGCAGGAGAUCGGCUUGCACUGCACGAUUCCGCAUGCUUCGGGUUGCCACGGCCUUCGUUCGGGCUGUCUGAACAGCCUUCCUGCUGUUCUCUUGAGUUCGAGCAAGAGGCAGGGCUAGGGUGUCUGAGCGUCAAGCGUCGAGCGUCACUUCUCGUGUCUGGAGCCCGGAUCGAGUCUUCUUCUUCUUCUUUUCUUGGACUGGAGCAAAACGUCGACCGUGUCUGGUAGUUCUGAGCCUUUCUUCUUCUUCUUCUUUUUUCUCCUCCCUCCUCUACGAUCGUUUUUCAACGACGUCGAGCGUCGCUUCUUGCUCUGAUACCAUGUUGAAACUAGGAAUUUGAGAAGAAAAGUCUUGCUUUAUUGCAUAAAUUCUUCCCUAUAUAUAGAUCUAUACAAGAUAUUUAAUAAGGAAACAUAUAACUACAUAAUAAUGAAAUAUAACUCUUCCUAAAUCAGCUGCCCAUCUAUGGAAGGUGUUUCAACAUGAUUCAUGAGUGCUUCCCACAGAUUGCUCUCUGUGACCGUCGGAUCCUUUGCACCAUAAACGGUUGGAUUCUAACAAAAUAUUAUUUUAUAUAUCUAAUUUAUGAGCCAUUCAUUUUUCACAAUCAACUAUUUACAUAUUAAUGAUUAUUUUUUGUAACUUAAAAAUGUGCACGAGUUCUUUAAAAUGGGUUAUUUUUGCCUGCCAUUCAUCAUUUGGUUAUUAUUAUCUUUUAUUUUGAUUCCUUUUAUUUCAAGUUAACAAUUGGAGCCGUCAGUUUAAUUGCUCAAAUUCGAUGGUUAUACUUUAAAUGUUGGCAUUCCAUGAAGUCAUGAACAUUAAUUUAUCUUGAAUAAGUUAUUCUAAAACAUGGGCACCAUGGAUGUUUUAAGUUCCAACUUGCUUGCUUACUCUGUGUAACUUUCUAUUGGAGUUGGGGCUGCCUUUUACAAUUUAUUAAUUCUUGAGAUUGAACUCUAUUAUAGUUUUAUCUUAACUCAGUAGUCUUUACCUUAGUUUCUUCCUUAAUUGAUAUCGUUUGCUAUUGGAUACUUUAGAAUGAUAUCUAUCAACCAAUGUUCUUUAUUUCAUAUACCCUUUCUGUCUUCGUGAUUUCAAAUGGAUAUUAAUUAUCCAUUCUCAUAAUCUCAAGCCACUUGGUUUGUAAUGAGAGAGAUUACCAUUAUAAUUUUACUUAAUAUGCCCAACAUUACUAUUUGUUAGAAAGGAAUUAUGUUCCUCAGUGGAUAUUUUGAUUAGAACAUUUGGGUCCAUCAAUAUUCAAAGUUAUACAAUUGGAUAUAUAGGUUUUUUUAAAGGUGAGUCAUAAGCCUCAAGGCAUUUUGGCGCAUAAGCCUAAAAGUUAAACCAUUAAAUAAAUUAAAAAUAAGAGAAGUAAGGUAUUUAAAUGUAAUAAUAUUAAAUCAUAAUAGAGCAUCAUAAAGUGAUACAAGUACUCAAUAAUAAAUAAGUAAUCUAAGUUAAAUAAAUAAACAUAAACAAAAAAGUUUAAAAUAAACAAGUUUUGACUUGAGACUUUGAACUCAAAAGUCUCUCCCACACCCCUCACUUAGAGGGUGUUUAUAGAAUCAUCAUUGUACAUGGUUGCUUUCGCCACCUUGAUCCUCAUUUUUAUCAACAUCAUCACAAUCUGAUUCAUCUUCAAUCUCAUUCAUCUUAUUAUUCUUUUAUUAAUCAAACAAUGUAUAUAUUGAACUUCUAUAGUUCAUAUUACAUAAAAUUUAUACUAACACUUUCUAUUGCUUUCUUAUUGACUUUUGCUCUUCUUAUUGCUUCCUCCAUCAAAAAGUUACAUUGAGAUAUUCCUCAUGUAAUUGACAUGGUGAAACUCUAUUUUCAUUAUUCACAAAUCAUUCAUCAUUCGAUCACAUAUUAUUAAUAACCAAGAGAUUUUCUUCAUCCUCUACAAUUUUCUUCCUUAAACGUCUUAACUUAAUCACUUGUUAUAUGUUAUAAACUAAUAAGUUUAUCCUUAAAAUAGUCAUACAUUUUCUUCUAAUUGUAUGAAUUUAAUUAUAAGUAUCCCAAUUUUCUCAACAAUUUGAUUGAAAUUCUUUAUAAUUCGGAAGUACCCUUUAAUAAAUGAAUCCACUGCCCAACUAAUUUAAAACAAAUAUAAUUAUCAUUUUAUACCAAUUUAAAAAACUUGACCAACAAAGAUUAAAAGCUAGUUUCUAUAGAAAUUAGGAUUUUCCUUGCCAAGGGAACAUUUGGUUAUAUUGUUUUUAGCUUGUUGUAAU